AUGGCGCCACCAGCACUCAAGAGAAGGAAGCUCAACCAUAGCUCAAACGGAGACGACAAGAGAUUAGCGCAGUCGCCUCUUGUAGAUACACCCGGAACGAGCGACGCCGACAAUGUACCAAGCAAUGCAUCGAAUGCGGACAUGGGCUCUGUCGCAACCUCUUCACAGGCGGACGAAGAUGAAGAUAUGGACGAGGACGAUGCGUAUAACCCUGAUGAGGAAGAAGGAUUCGCAGAAGAGGAGGAUGGUCUAGAAGACGAGGAACAGUCCGAGUCGUCCCCCGAAAAGGUAGAAAAAGCGAAGCCCAGCAAUGGACAUCAGCAUAUUCAAGGAAACAACGGCUUUCAGGGUGGAGGCUACACUGGCGAGGUUUACAAGUCAAAUCUGUUCAAAUUACAGGUGGACGAGCUGCUUCAGCGGGUGCGACCUAAGCACGGCAAGAAAGAGGCGUAUGCUGAGGACGCCCUGCGGACACUCAAGGCUAUUAUUGAGCGCAUACCAGAUCGUGAACCUCAGGCUAUUACGAAUGCCGAGAGAUCAUUGAUCAAGUCUAGUAAGAUUGCUAUUCCUUUCUCACACCCACGACCACCGAAGGACGCACAGUAUAAACUGCAAUACUCCAAGCCUGCCAGUGUUAAUGCUGUCGGGAGCUAUCCACUGAAAAUAGCGACAAGGACGGGUGAGGAACUGUGUAUUGAUCUGGCCGUCAUCAUGCCCAGCGCUAUUUUCCAAGAGAAAGACUACCUCAAUCACCGCUAUCUCCACAAAAGAGCAUAUUAUCUCGCAUGUAUCGCAGCUGGGCUUAAGGAUGACAAGUCACACCGCUUCAAGUUAAGCUUUGACUACCUCAACGGAAAUCAUUUGCUGCCAGUUGUCUUAGUAAGGGGUAACGGAGAUGGUAUCAAAGGUGAUUCCUCUGCGUCUCAGUUUCAGAUUCGGAUCAUGCCUGCUAUAUCCGACGGCGUUUUUCGAGCAGACAAACUUCUACCAGUGAAGAAUUGCGUUCGGCUCAAGCCAGGUGACGACUCGGCUUCCGUGUCAGAGGCUUCUCCAACUCCGUACUACAACGCGUCCGUAAGAAACGACUGUCUCGUUACAUCGUAUCUGAAACUGUUACAUGGCGCGUCUGGCCACUGCGAGGCCUUCCGAGAUGCGUGUAUCCUUGGCCGCAUCUGGUUGCGCCAACGUGGAUUAUCUAGUGAUGUGAGCGGAGGCGGCUUCGGUAAUGUUGAGUGGGCUGCAAUGGUCGCGCUGCUCCUGCAAGGAAGCGGGAAAGAAGGAAUGCCGAUAGUCUCCACAGGCUACAGCAGCUACCAGCUGUUCAAAGCUACGCUACAGUAUCUUGCCUCUAAAGAUCUGUCAAAGCAUCCACAGUCAUUCGGAGUCAAGGCUGUGAUUCUUCCGACGACCGAUGGAACUCCAGUGUUCUUCGACGGCCCAAGGGGCGUUAACAUACUGUACAAAAUGACUCCUUGGUCGUACGGGCUCUUACGCCAGGAAGCCCGUUCCAGUAUCGCUAUGCUUAACGAGAACAUAUUCGAUCAAUUUGUUCCCACUUUUAUACUGAGGGCAGACCCCCCGCUGUACAGAUACGACCUGCUUGCUCGCAUACCGGUAUCAUCGCUGGGUCUCCCUAGCAGUGGCGAAGACACCGACGAGGAGCUUGACAGGAUCUGCCGGAAAGUGUACUCUUGCCUGUCCCAUGGCUUGACAGACAGAGUCAGCAUCAUUUCCAUCAAGAGACCUGAAGAUCAUGCUUGGGACUUAGGGUCGAGGAGGUCAUCCCAAGUUCGCGACGGCUAUCUACUGAUUGGUUUCCUUGUGGAUCCGGCGAAUGCGAAUCGUGCGGUGGACCAUGGUCCGCCCGCAGCAAGCAAGAAAGAAGCUGCCUUGUACCGCCAGUUCUGGGGCGACAAAGCCGAACUGCGGCGCUUCAAGGAUGGAAGUAUCCUUGAAAGUGUAGUGUGGUCGAACAAGGAUUCGCCGCUGUCUGUUUUUGAGCAGAUUGUACAGCAUGUUAUGACAAGACACCUGGGGUUAUCAGUUGCGGAGAAUAUUACCUUCAUUGGCGAUAGCUUUGAUCACAUGCUUCCUGGCGGAAGUCACGGAGUUCAACCAGGCGUCGGGCCCUUCCAACCCACUAUGUCGGCAUUCCGUACUCUGGAAACCGACAUGAGGGCAUUGGAGAAUCUGCCGUUGUCGCUUCGACACGUCCAAGCGGCUGACCCUCAGCUCAGGUAUGCGUCAAUCGACGUACCGCUACUGAGCAGUGGGAGGCCAAUGUCGCAACCAGCAGACGUUGUCAUUCAAUUCGAGGGCUCUGCUAGAUGGCCCGACGAUCUGAUUGCGAUUCAAAGGACUAAGAUCGCCUUUUUGCUCAAGCUAGGCGAGCUGCUGGAAGAAGCCGUAGAUGGGCUGUCCGCUCGUGUAGGACUCGAAAGCGAGAGCAGCAAGAUUCUCAACCAGUCUUUCCUCGACGUAGUAUAUCCAACCGGCGCAGCAUUUCGGAUAAGGAUUCACCAUGAUCGAGAACAGACGCUUAUAGAGAGACGUCUCAAAGAUAAGAGUCUAGAUGGCGCUGCUCGUGAAGAGGCUGCGGUCACACUAGCUGCGUACAAGCGCGACUUCCUCCGCUCUUCGACACAUACGCAGACUAUCCAGAACCUCUCUACACGCUUCCCUAUGUUCUCACCCUCGAUACGCCUCGUUAAGAAAUGGUUCGCCUCCCACCUCUUAGCCACCCAUCUCAGCCCCGAGCUCAUCGAGUUACUCGUUGCCCGCGCCUUUCUUCAGCCAUAUCCCUGGCAAGCACCUUCCAGCCCUACGACCGGCUUCCUCCGCACUCUGCUGUUCCUCUCUCGUUGGGACUGGCGUAACGAGCCACUCAUCGUUGACCUCAGCGGCGAGAUGAAGUCCGAGGAGUUCUCGGCCAUCACCACUCGAUUCGAGGCUUGGCGAAAGAUCGAUCCUGUCCUUAACCGGGUCGUGUUGUUCGUAGCCUCGAGCGAAGACCCCGAAGGCACGACCUGGACAGACAAUGCCCAUCCGCCUCUGGUGGUUGCGACGCGGAUGACGGCAUUAGCUAAGGCGGCGAGCCAGUCUGUCAAGCAGCAAGACGUCGAUCUUGAGCCGGAGUCCCUCUUCGUUUCGCCAUUGACCGACUACGACUUUGUGCUACGUCUCAGUCCGCAGUUCACGAAAGAUGGCCAGAGGCGCAAAGACAAAGGCGGUCCGAGAGCUCAGUACAAGAACCUGCAGCUUCAAGCUGCUUCCGUGGAGGAGCGUGAGCUUGUUGGAUACCAACCUGUUACGCUCUUCCUAGCGGAGCUGAGGGAUGUGUAUGGGCACGCGAUUACCUUCUUCUAUGAUGAGAAUGCCGGAGAUGUUGUGGCUGGGCUGUGGAAUCCUGGCACUGCUAGGAGGGCAUGGAAGGUCAAGCUGGAUUACUCUACCAUGCCAGUAUCCAAGAAGACAAAGACAGCAAGUGAGGAGGAGGACUCUGUUGAUGUGGAGAUUAACAAGGAGGGGGUAUUGAGCGAGAUAGCGCGCCUUGGAGGGGAUCUGGUGCGGAAGAUCGAAGUGAACCGGCGGUAG